CGGAGCGCGAUCUGACGCGCGGCUGUUGCUGUGAACCGCAGGGAUGUGAGACACGCGCCGGAUACGCGAGGAGAGAAGAGACAAACAGGUCUCUUGACAACGUUAUAAAAAAACAGGACGCCUCCUCUCUGACCUGAUUCACCGCCUGUGAAUAGGAGGAGGCGAGUAGCAGGUACUAUGCGGCCGCGCUGUCCGUGCGCUCUGAGCGCGCGACGAUGUAAAAGGCAGCGCGUGCGGAUUCUGCGGCAGCUGUGAUCGGGAAUAACUGGGAUAGGAAAACUCAGCGAGGCAUGGAAAAGCACGCUGAUCACUGAGCAAAUAAUCACCCAGACAAUCAUUCGCAGACGUGUUCAUUGUGUGCGCCCCCAGGCGCUCCGUUCUUCGACCGAUUACCACAGAAGAGACACACAGAGCAUUUGAAUGCGAACGGGUGCGUGCGGUGCAAGUGAUUCCAUAGUUUCUGCCCUGCUCCGUUCAACGCUGCUGAGAAGACCUUACAGCCAGUCGAUGGUGGAGCCUGAGCCGCACAUAGCUGUCAAGUCCAAAAAUGCAGUCAACAGAUAUAUUUCAACAGUUCAGCAUGUGAAAACAAACCUCAACACAAGUUCUUAUCGUGUGAACCGUAUGGGUGGAGAGUGACCUCAGAGCCUCUAUUAUUUCUAUUGCUCAAUCAGCCAGAUGGGGAAACAAGGGAAUUCUGACGCUACACUUGUUGCCAGUGCUUGAAUCCAAAAAGUGAAGGAAUUUAAACUUACAGGAACUGAGCUAUAUCGGCUCUGAAUGAAGUCUGUGUGCUACUGGUUUAGAAUGUUGUCACGAUAACAUCAGCCUGACUCCGCUCUGACUGCGGCAGGUGGGAGCCCAGGGGUCAGUCUGUGAGUGAGGGCUGAGUCAGGAGUGAAUCAGCGCUGCUUUUGAUUGACGGACAGCUCGGUGGGAAACAAGGCCUCGGGAGAGCGAGAGUCCGAUAACAGGAGUGAAAGCGUCGCAACGGCAAUAUCAUCUUUCAGUCUUUACUGCCACUCGUCUUUCACAACAUGGCCUCUGCGGUAGCACCGCUCUCCUCUGUCGCUGCCUCUUUGGGGACGUAGAAAGACACGGGACACACAGACACAUUCUUACAUACUGCUGCAGAGGAAAGCUGGGGAAGUGUCUUCAGACUUUAAGGUCCUUAAUAGAUAAACAAACUGUGUUAAACGUCAGUACCAUCACAACUACUGUUUCUUGGUUUGGGAAUCGUCUUAGUGUUUCAAAGGGACUCAUAGUACCAUGAGCAUUUUAGGAAGGUGCGUUCUCUGAUUUUAUAUGUUCCUGUGUGACAUCGAAGGCCAAUGUGUGUGGCUCGAGAGCCCAUCAUGGCCAGGCCGCUGCUGAAGAUCCACCGCUAUUUCCGGCGUAAACCGAUACGCUUUUUCUCUUUCAUCCUCCUCUACCUCACCGCUGGCAGUCUUGUUUUCCUCCACUCCGGCUUCUCCAGCGAUACUUCCACUACUGGAGCUUCUGGAAGCGGCCGUGACCCACUUAUAUCUGAAGGUGGGGGUGGCACAGGUGCUGGGAGCUCUACCUCUGAUGCUCUCGGGCUCCUAGGAAGAGUGUUUAAGGAAACACGGAGAGCCCCCCGGAGAUUUGGACCACCAUGGAUGAAGGAAAAUGGGGCACAGGAUGCACCGGAGUGGGCCAGACGAGGAGUCGAUCGUACCAGCAGCUGGAGCCAUGGAGCCAAAGGAAGAACCACCAAAGAGAUGGACGAUGGGAGAGCAAAGCACAUCGGCUGUUAUAUUGAUGACACACAGAAACGGGCUCUUAGAGGGGUUUCCUUUUUGGACUACAAAAAAAUGACUGUCUUCCGUUGUCAGGACAACUGCGCUGAAAGGGGUUAUCUCUAUGCAGGUCUGGAGUUUGGAGCUGAGUGCUACUGUGGCCAUAAGAUCCAGGCACCCAACGUGUCAGAGAGUGAAUGUAAUAUGGAGUGUAAAGGGGAGAAGAGUAACCUCUGUGGAGGACCUAAUCGACUGUCCAUAUACAGACUGGAGCUGAGCCAGGAGUCGGCCCGCAGAUAUGGGAGUGCCAUCUUCAAGGGCUGUUUCAAGAGGCCAGACAACGUGACCCUGGCGCUUCCUGCUAGUGCCGUAAUUAAAAACAUGUCAGUGGACAAGUGUGUUGACAUGUGCACAGAGAAAGAAUUCUCUCUGGCAGCCUUGGCUGGUGAAAAAUGUCACUGUGGAUUUCCUACUCCACUCUUCACCCUGCAUGAGCGUGAGGAUGAGGAACUGUGUCUCCAGCACUGUGCAGGAGAAGACUUUGAGAGCUGUGGAAACAAUGACUUCUUUGUAGUGUACCAGACCCAAGUGCAAGAUAAUCGUUGUAUGGACCGGCGCUUUUUACCCACUCGUUCCAAACACCUAGUGGCACUAGCUAGUUUCCCAGGCGCAGGGAAUACGUGGGCUCGUCACCUUAUUGAGCUGGCCACGGGUUACUACACCGGGAGCUACUACUUUGAUGGCUCACUGUACAACAAAGGUUUCAAAGGGGAGAGAGAUCACUGGCGCAGUGGUAGAACCAUAUGUAUCAAGACCCAUGAGAGCGGCAAGAAGGAGAUCGAGGCCGUUGAUGCCAGCAUUCUUAUGAUCCGGAACCCUUAUAAAGCCCUCAUGGCAGAAUUUAACCGCAAGUAUGGCGGCCAUAUUGGAUUUGCCUCUCAAGCUCAUUGGAGGGGGAAAGAGUGGCCAGAGUUUGUGAAGAACUACGCUCCAUGGUGGGCAUCCCACACACUAGACUGGCUGAAAUAUGGGAAGACAGUUCAAGUGGUACACUUUGAGGACUUAAAACGGGACCUUUUUUCUGAGUUAAAAGGCAUGGUCAUCUUUCUGGGCCUAGAAGUCUCAGAGGACCGCCUGCUGUGUGUGGAAGGACAGAAGGAUGGGAACUUCAAACGCUCUGGGCUGAGGAAGCUGGAAUACGACCCUUAUACGCCAGAGAUGCGUGCCACUAUUGACGGGCUUAUUAAGACCGUGGACACGGCACUCAGAAAGAGAAACCUGCCUGGUGUACCCGAGGAGUACAGACCCAGAUGAUACUCAUCUCUUCAUUUAUGCUUUUUUUUUUUUUUUCACAACACACUUUUUUCCCAGCUACACCCAUUUCCCCCCUAGAAUAUGAAAUUGUUUAUCAUCAUUCUCUUUGAUUGCUUUCAGUUUUAAGAAUGGUACAGUAUUGCAGAAAUGAACUGCUGAAAAACUGUUUGCCCUUUCAUUAAUAGUCUACACUACAUAUUAAGACAUGGGCUUGUGCAACACUUUGCUUUGAGUUUAAUCACCAUGGAUCCAUCUUCCUUAGGCCAAUACAAGUGUGUGCUCACUACAAAUCCAGUUGAGUCAUUACAGGAAAUUACUGUUCACGCUUCUUAUAAAAGUGUCUGUUGCCAUCAAGACAUCCGGGACAGCUAUUUAGAUAAACCCAUGACAUGUGUCUUUCAUUAAAUUGGCUUUUCCUUCGACUACUGGACUACACUAUGAUCCCUUAAGCACUUCAGUCUCAUUGGGAAUAUCUGGACAGCGAUUUCAUUUUUAACAUCUGAACCCCAGCUUCCUGUGACCACAAUUAUCUGGAAAUUGCUUUCAGAUAUUAUGAUGCUUCUUAAAACUGAUAUGGACAACAAAAUCCUCAAUCCUCAAGUUAUACCACGUGAUUAGAUCAAUGCAUGGGCGACUCGAAAACACGUUGUCUGGUACUUGCCUUCAGUGAUUUGCAGGCAAAUUGCAGCCUUUAUUGAGCUAUCGAUUUAGAUGAAAGCAACCAAGUUCUUCUGUUUUGUGUUUAGAGCACUUCUACGUUGAGAUUGUUCCAUUGAACUUUAGUUUUUCUCACUGAGGUUUUAAGAUGUGUUUGCAGUGCAUGGGUGAUCAAAAAAUGGGGGCUUCUUGUAAAUUGCUUAAAAUGACACUGACUGACCCUUUACCCCUUUUAUUAUUUGAAUCUGUUAAAGAGAUACUGUAGUUUUCCCCAAAAUGAAAAUUCAUUCAGUUAUGUUUUUGACAGACGUAGUCACAAUAAAUACAUGAGAAGAGUUGUGUAUCAAUACUUGGAUUUACAUGAAGAUGUGUAAAUGAUGAGAGAAUUUUCAUUUUUUGAUGAGCUAUCCCUUUAUGCAAAAAAACUUUCUACACCAAUUUAUGUCCCAGGUUAGACUGUGAGAGUAGUGUGAGGUGCACUGAAUAACUUCCCCACAAAAUCAAAUAAUUCCUCCCAAAAUAUCAUUAGAUGUCAGGCUUUGGAUGCAAUUAUCAACUUUUUUUGUUUUUUGUUUUUUGUCAGUGUUUUAAUUGCAGAAGUUUUUAUUCAAAACAGCGAAUCAGCUUGAUCUAAUAAUCUUGAAGGGGUGAAAGCAAGUAUGAAGCAAUGUUCUAAAGAGACAAAAAGCACCUCGAAGGUAAAUUUCUGCUUCUAUGCUGGAGACCUAAUAAAAUAACAUUCAAUACAUGUAAAUACACAUAUAUAUUUUUGUAAUGCUCACAAGGAGAAUGACUUUAAAAGACAAAGCAGCACCUAUAUUUUUGAAAAGGCUUUUAAAUUUGAGCAUUACACGCUUUUCAUUUCAAAAAAGGAACUGAAGUGUCUUUCUGAAUGUAUUUUGUAUGGAGUGAAUGUAAGGAAUUUCUACCAAAUGAUUAUAGAAAUCAGAGAGUAAUUGCCAGCAAUGCAAAGGGAAUUAAAUGAUUGCAACAAGAUUUUUAUUAUAAUUGUAAACUGAGAGAACUGUGUGAAUAUAUGGAAAGGUUUUGCAUUUGUUUGGAUGGUGCAUCAGAUGUCCUGAUCAAUAAAUUGUAACGCCCCAAAUUCUCAGAGGCCCAGC